AAAUCACCACUCAAAUGGUUAUAUCCCUGUUUCUUUUGCUCUUUCUUCUCUGUGCCCGUACAGAGUCAUGUAAUGGUCAAAUUCAAAGCCCUGAAUUCAGGAGUUUGGAAGGUCCACCUAUAGACUGAUACAUCAAAACAACUUGAAGCUCAUGUAACGCAGAGACGACUUGUUAUUGGACGGAUGAAUAUUGUACUGACUUAGAUCCUGACGAAUUCAUGCAGGAAUAUUACGACGAAUACAUGGCUGAUGAAAACUGAGCAGAAUACUCUGAAUCUACAAUUGACCUCACUAAUGUGUUGGGAGAGACUAUUGAGCUCAAACACAACACUGGCAAUGACAUUAGUUGGUUUAUGUGCCAGUGGACUAUCAAAACAGACACUUCCAAGAGCAUAGAAAUUACAAUUUCUAGAAACGAUCAAACAUAUGAAGAAAUCGGUUUGAACUACACUCUGAGAGGAACUCUAAUUUCGGUGGACAACAAAGAUUUGACUUCUUGUGGAGAAAACACUUAUUCUCUCAAGUUCGACAACAAUAUAAGUGAGAUAAUAGUCAGAACCAGAACGAGAAGAGAUCAGAAUGACUACGACAUCUUGAUCGCACAGGAAGGCAAAGACCUGGGGACUCCGAACGUGCUCACCAAUAACAAGAAGUUGGUGGAAAUCAUUGCUGUGCUUGUGGUUGCUACUUUUGUGAUUAUCAUUGUUGUCUUGAUCACAUUUGCUCUUUGUAAAAGAACAGGAAACAUUUCGAAGAAUAAGUUUAAAAGAGUUAAAAAGCAUAUGAAUAAAUUAGCUGAAGAAAAAGAAGUUAAUACAGAUGAAGUGAUGGAUAAUAUGUUAUCAGGGAAAUUUCAAAAUAUUUCUCAUCUAUAUAAAACUUCUAGCUGUUUGAUAUGCCUCAUAAAGUUUAUACCUGAUGAUAUGUGUCAUCUUACCAAUGAAUGUGGGCAUUUAUUUCAUUCUCAUUGUCUCAAAAAGUGGUAUAAUAUGGUCUCACAUAUGAGUGACUUGGCAUGUCCAAAAUGACAAACCCCCACAACUAGUAAACUACACCAACCUCUGGAAGAAAUUGACAAAAUGGAUGGCAAAGAUGAUGAACUCUAUCAUAGUAGAAGCCAGCUUGAAAACGAAGAGGAUUAUGAAAACGAAAAUGCUAAGGCACCAUAAAACCACAAUGUUUACCCCUGAUACGUAAUUUCUCAACUCU